AUGGUGUCCGAUUCCCCGAAACCCCAGCCAACCCCCUCGCCGCCGCCCCCGUCCUCAUUUCCUACGGCGGCGGGGAUGAGGAUGGCGGAGCUGGAGGCGGCCAUCGGGGCGCUCGCCAGGAAGAAGGAGCGGCUCCGCGUGGCCUUCGACGGCCUGGUCGCCUGCUCCCCAAUCCCCAUCCCUUUCCGCUGGGACGACAUCGACGCCCACGUCUCGUCCAUCCAGUCCUCCAUCUCCGCCCGCUUCCGCCAGCUCCUGGCUCUCCAUCCCGCCCCCACUGCCGCCGCCGCCGCUGGAACGGCGAUCCCAUCCACCGCCAUCCGCCGCGUGGAGCCACCGGUCGAACACCUUGUGGUGGAGGGCCAAGAGCCCCACGUCGAGCACCACGAGGACGAAGAAGGAAACGGUGGGGAUGAGGGUAGCCUGGGAAUGAAGGGGUGUCUGGACGUGGAAGCCGAGGAGGAGGAGGACACUAUGGUGGAGGAGGUGGCAACCGAGUCGCCUCGCGGCAAUGAAGACGGUGGGGUGGAGGAGGAGAACGACAAGACGGGGGAGCCAAUCGACGUGCCUCCUAACGAAGAAACCCAGGGGAAGGACACGAACACGGAGGACGCCAUGGAGGUGUUGGCCGAGAAGGACGGCAAUGGGGAGACCAACACGGCGGCGGAGGCAGAGGAGGAGGAGGAGGAGGAGGAGGAGGAGGUGGCGAUCUCUCCGGCUCCAGCCUUCACAGGCAGAGCCGGCGCGGAUGCGUCGGUGAGGCGGUCUCUCGUGGGGGCGUGCGCGGACAUGGACUCCUCGAGCCUGGCGCGCAUGGUGCGCUUGUCCGACUGGGGCUGCAUCUCCGCCCGGCGUCACUUCUUCCCAGCGCUUCUCAACGCCCCCGAACCGCAGGUACUCGUCGUCCGCGUCGUCAGGGACUUGCUGGCCGGGACUGAGCCGGAGCCCAUCAAGGACAGUGUGUGGGAGACCUGCGUCGCGCUGCUCACCUGCGUGCCCAAGCUCGCCAUCCCGCUGUCGGCGGACACGCUGGAGCAGGCCAAUCUGCUGGCGAAGGAGUGGAAGGAGAUGAUCGGGAGCAAGGACCUCGGCCGGUUGGCCGUAUGGGGCCUUCUCAAUUUUCUUGUCACCUACAACAUUGCCUUGGACUUCGAUGCCGAAGAGAUCACCCAUUUCUUUGGAAUUCUCCCGGGCAACAAGACCGAGAGCUGCGUCUCUCUCUGCAAGUAUCUCGGCGUGGUGCACAAGUUGGCUGAUUCAGUAGGUUAUUUGAUUAAACGCGGGCAACAACUUGUCGCUGUCAGAUUGGCAUGCACUUUGAAUUUGACAGACAAAUAUCCUCCACUUCCCAUCAUGGAGGAAUUUAUUCAGAAUGCCAGGGAGACUGCUCAAGAGAUAAUGAGCAAGGAAAGCGAUUCAGAGUCACUGAAACAGGCCAUCUCAAAGCAGGUCAAUGCUCUAAUAUUGUCAUGGAGGGUUGUUGGUGAGUGCAAUAUUGACUCUGUCCAUUGCGACAGAAUUAAGGCAGAAAUUACCCAGCUGUUACAUAAAUAUGCAAACAAGACGCAUAGCCUAGAAGAUGUUUCUUCUGAUACUUCAAGUCCACAUCAGAAGCAUCACCAAAUGUCACAAGAGCAGCAACACUUGCAUCAAAAGCAUCAAGAGGAACAGCAACAGCAGCAGCUUCAAAAUCAACUCGAGGAACAAGAAAAAGAACGAAGGAUGCAAAAGUUCCGAAAGAAGAGGAAGAAGAGAAACAAGAGAACUCAGCGUAGAAAGCAGAAGCAAAAUGCACAAGCCAUGGAGCAGCAUCAAUUUGGCAAACGACGAAAGCUAUAUCAUGGUGGUUCAUUUACCCAUUCUCAAAGCUAUGGUUAUGUUAGACCAGAAAUUCACCACCACCUCAGCCAGCACCUUUCAGGAAUGAUAGGAACACCUUUUGCACCAUAUACCGGACAUUCUUGGCAACUGAGGAAUGGUCUAUAUAAUGGACCAGGAUCAUCCUGCUUAUAUUCAACUACUAUUUAAGUCAGAUAACUAGUAUUUGAUGCCGUUACUGUUUGACUGUUUGACUGAACUGAAGAUAAAGAUAGUAGGAGAGAACAGAAGUUGAUGUGGAAACAGAAAAACAGAAGUCACUCUUGCUGAUUGGCCGGUGUUGCUUAGCUUUUCUUACUGGACCAGCACUAAUUCAAAUUUCCCUUGCUGCACUGCUACUUUCUAUAUGCAAUGUAAAAUUACUUGCUUUCA